AUGAGUGAGCUAAAUUCAAUGGAAGUUGAUACAACCGAAACAAUACAGGAUAUAGCCAUAAAGUUGGUCACCGAGCAGCUGAAAAAUGAAACUAGUUUGGCGGUUGGCCCUACGGAACGGACCAUCUUCGUCCUCGGCAGCAAAGGUGUCGGCAAAUCUACAUUGAUCAACAGGUUUCUCGACCGUGAUGAUAUGCCGCGCCCUACCUUGGCACUCGAGUAUUCGUUUGGCCGACGAACGGCGUCGGGACAAGGGGCCCAGAAAAGCAUCUGCAAUGUUUGGGAGCUGGGUAGCUUGGCCAACUCUAGCCAGCUGAUUGAGAUGCCGAUUCGAUCGCAUGGAGUCGAGACUUUUUCUACUAUCGUCAUGCUGGAUCUAUCGCAUCCCGAUCGCCUGUGGACCGAUUUAGAGGCUGUGGUGAACGGGUUAAAACAAGCCGUGUCCAGACAUGCGUCCCAGGGGCAGACCGACGAGAUGAAAAACCAAACCGUGCUGCGCGUUGGCAAAGACCAUCCAGACCUCGCCACCCUUGAGCUCUUCCCGUUUCCGAUUGUGAUCGUCGGCGGCAAAUACGACUUGUUUCAAAAUCUCGACUCCGAAGUCCGGAAGCACGUUUGUCGCUGUUUACGCUCCAUCGCCCACACGCUGGGAGCGGCGGUUCUGUUUUACUCGUCAAAAAACUCUGCCCUCACCAAACUCGCCCGAGACACGAUGAACCACCUGGGGUUCGGCAGUCCCUCGAAUCCCUUCCGGACGACUGCUUUCGAUCAUUCUACACCACUCGUGAUACCGUUCGGGGGCGACUCCUGGGAGCGGAUCGGUGUAACGCCCACUAACUCCGAACGCAUUGGGCACAGUUUCAGUACGCAGAUUCCACAAGUCGCUAUGACGAACGGCAUUCUGCCGGACGAUCCGGCGAAGGAUCCUGGCUUCAGAGAGCCAAGUAUCGAUGAGUUGCGCUCGCACAAGGAUGAGGAGCUGAUGUACGUGCUCAAAGACACCGAGAUUCGGAUGAAAUUUGAAGUAGUACAAUAG